AUGUUUGAAAAAAAUUUAACUGAUUUAAUUCGUGGAAUAAGAGCGAAUAAGAAACAUGAACAAAAAUACAUUGCAACCUGUUUACAAGAAAUACAUCAAGAAGUUAAAUGUAAUGAUCCUGAUGUGAAAGCAAUGGCUAUUUCAAAAUUAACCUAUCUUCAAAUGUUGGGCUAUGACAUGUCUUGGGCAUCUUUUCAUGUUGUUGAGGUAAUGUCUUCACCAAAAUUUAUACAAAAAAGAACAGGAUAUUUAGCAGCUGCACAAUCUUUUCCCUCUGGAAAUCAUCUUGAAGUUGGUGUAGCUCUUAAUGGACUCUCACAUUUAGUAACUCCAGAUCUUGCACGUGAUCUAUGUCAAGACUUGGUUUCUAUGCUUAACCAUUCUAGGCCUUAUAUUAGAAAAAAAGUAGUUCUCGUGCUUUAUAAAAUUUUCCUGAGAUUUCCUGAGGCAUUGAGAAUUAGUUUUCCAAGAUUAAAAGAAAAAUUGGAUGAUCCUGAUCCAUCUGUUGUGUGUGCUGUUGUUAAUGUGAUUUGUGAACUAGCAAGAAAAAAUCCUAAAAAUUAUUUAUCACUAGCACCUCAACUAUUCAGAUUAUUAAGCUCAUCGCAGAAUAAUUGGAUGCUAAUUAAAAUUAUUAAGCUGUUUGGCGCAUUGACACCACUUGAACCAAGACUUGCUAAGAAACUUUUGUCCCCAAUAACAAUUCAAAUACAAACAACAUCUGCUAUGUCAUUACUAUAUGAAUGCAUUCAUACAGUAAUUACUGGUGGAAUGUUAAAUUUAGCUGGCACUAAUUCAGAUUCUCUGGCCGCUAUGUGUGUAUCUAAAUUGAUAACAUUUCUAGAAGAUGCUGAUCAAAAUUUGAAAUAUGUUGGGCUUUUGGCAUUGGCUAAAAUUCUUCCAACUCAUACAAGGCUUGUUUCUGAACAUCGAGAUAUUAUUUUAAAAUUGAUUGAUGAUCCUGAUAUUAGUAUACGAUUGAGAGCUUUGGAUUUGGUUGUUGGAAUGGUUAACAAAAGAAAUCUCACGGAUAUUGUUAAAAGAUUAAUGUCACAUCUUUUACCGCCAAAUAACAACAAUUCCUCAAUUUUAAAUCUUCAUUCAUCUCCUACUACAUUACUUGAGCCUGCUUAUCGAGCUGAUAUUAUAACUCGUAUUAUUUACAUAUGUUCACAAAACUCUUAUAGUAAUAUUACAAGUUUUGAAUGGUAUAUUGCAGUCUUAAUAGAUAUUACAAAAAUAGCUGGAGUAAAAGUUGGAGAUAUGUUGACAUUACAAAUGAUGGAUAUUGGUGUUCGCGUUAAAAGUUCUAGGGAUUAUUGCGUAAAAGCAAUGCAAAAUUUAUUGUCAGAUUCAAAAAUGAUAGAAAAUUGUAAAUUACCUGAUUCAAAUUCCGAAGUACUUUAUGCAGCAGCAUGGAUUGUUGGUGAAUAUAGCAGUUAUUUAGAAAAUCCACAAGAAACUAUAAAACAUCUUAUUCAACCUGGUGUUACUAAACUUCCACAUAAUGUUCAGGCUGUCUAUGUUCAUGCAAUAUUGAAGAUUUAUUCAUAUUGGUCCAAUAAUUUAAUUUAUAAUUGGAAUGAGACUACAAAGAGUGAAUUGAUCGAGUUUACUACUUUUUUAAAAGAGAAAACAGGGGUGUUUUGUUCUUGCACUGAUUUAGAAGUUCAAGAAAGGGCAUACAACGUUCGAGAAAUAUUCUCUAUAAUUCAUCAACAAUUGAUGACAAUUGAGGAUUACUCAACUGAGCAAACAAAUAUCUAUUCUUUUGAAAAUAAAGCACCAAGCGUCAUAACGGAACUUUCCGAACUUUUUUUUUCGUAUGAACUUAACCCUGUAGCUCCUAAAGCCCAAAAGAAAGUUCCUAUACCCGAGGGACUUGAUUUAGAUACUUGGAUUAAUGAACCAUUGCCAGACACAGACGGUGAUUCAAGUGAAGAGCAAUUGGAGGAAAGUUAUGGGCAUGGUUAUGGUCAAAAACUUGGUGGGAGUGGUGACUUGAUAUUUUCGAGCGGAAAUGAUACAGCUUUUGGUAGAAGAAGAGUAAGAAAAAAUGGUAAAAAAACUGGUAAUGAAAGUGAAGAAAGUAAGGAACUUCUUGAAAAGCGUCGUAAGGAGCGUAAAGAAAGGAAUAAAAAUGAUCCAUACUAUAUUGAAGUUGAUAAUGUUGGUUCAAUAAAAAAAUCAAAAUCAAAUAUAUUAACAUCAUCUCAUAGUAAGAGUGAAAAUAUUGACGUGGAUUUAAUACCUGUAGUACGUUUGACAAUGGAUGAAUUUGAUUUUAAAUCAAUACCUAAAAAGUCCAAAUCCAAGAAAACCAAAAAAGGAAAUAAAAAAGAUCAAAGUCGAUCGACAACAUCACUAUCAACGUCACAAAAAAAACCACAAACAUCAGCAUCACUAACCACAACACCGGUUAUUAUCUACACGGAUAUUGGUGAAAUGCCAGAAAAUGCGACUAUUUCAGAUGAUGAAAAAGAUACUACUAAAGAAAUAUUUGAACAAAAAAUCUGGAAUAACGGUAAAAGUAUCAAAGCUGGUGGAAUAUUGGAUGUAGAUUUUUCUGGUAUAGCAAACGUAGAUUUAUCUACUCCGUUGGGCGAAGACGAAAAAUUACCACAAAUAACUGUUUACGCUAGCCCUGAAGAAUCAAGGAUCAAAGAGGUUGAAAGAGUAAAAAAAUUAUUAGUAGAAAGACAAGCUAAAAUUUUAUCAGAAAAAUCGAGUAGUUCAAAGAAAUCAUCAAAAAUUGUGAAAUCUAAGACAAAGCCUUCCACAAAAUCAACAAAUUCCAAAUCCCUUGAAAAAGCGGAAAAGGCUUCUAAAAAAACAUCAAAAAAAAAGGCGAAUAAAGAAGCAUCUGAAAAACCAAAGAAGAAGAAGAAGGAAGCCAUUACUACUACCACCACUACUAAAAAGAAAAAGAAAGAAACCCAUUCUGAAAACCAAGAAUCUGAAAAGGGUUCCAAAUCUUCCAAAUUACCAAUUAAAACUUUAAUCGAUUCAGAGAAUUUUAAAAUUACUUAUACUUUAAGAUUAGCAGCUUCUGUAGAAAUCAAGAAUGAAGCACCUUUGUUAUAUGUAAAUUUUGUAAUAAUUAAUAAAUGUUCUAUGAAUAUUUCACAAAUGUCAUUUACGUUUGAAUCAACAUCAGAUAUCAAUUUUGAGAGCAAGGUGGUUGAAGUAGUAGAUGCAUUGACUGUCAAUGGGGAAAAAGAAAUUUCAAUUCCAUUUAAAGUUUUAGGAAUUGUAGGAGUUGGUUUAGAAGUUACUGGAACAUUUAACUAUACAAUACAGAUAACGAAUGAGAACUCGACGGUGACAAAUGAUAAAGAUAAUAUUAAUAUCAAUAAUAGUAGUAAUUCAAUUCCCAUAAAGUUUGAAUUACCUGUGGCAACGUUUAUGUUAGAUAUUCCUAAAUUAUCACCGGAUGAAUUUAUAAGUUAUGUUUCUAAAACAUCAGAUUUCCCAUUUACCGGAUCAACAUCCUAUCAUCUAAGAAGUGCCAUUGAUCCAAACAAUGACAUCAACAAUAGUAUUAUUGAUAAACCAAUCGAAGAAAUUUUUCAUAAUUCAUUGGAAAAUUUGACAACGACUGCAACAGGUACAAAUAUAGUAGAACAAGUUACAGGUGCUAUAACAUUUUACGGGAAAAGUGUUCAGGGAUAUCAAGUUGCUGGAUUGGCAAAAUUAAGCGUAGAAAAUUCAUCGUUAAUAGAUGAUGACGAUGAUGACGAUUCCAAUGAUCUUAUUAAGAAGGAAAUGGUAAAGAUUGAACUUAAAUGCACAGAUCAAGCAUUUUUGGACGGGCUGAUUAGAGAAAUUAAUAAUUUAUACAACGUUGAAAGCGAUAUUUAUAUUAAUAAUUAG